ACCUCCUACUCUUCCUUAACGUCAUUUACGUCAAUUUGAUGGAAUUAAAACACAGUAUUCAAGAAUUAGGUAUAGGUAAAUAUUUAUGAACUACCGCAGAUUUACUAUUUUGAUCCUAAAAUAUAUUUUUGUUGAACGUUUUACCAUUUACUUUACAAGUAGUUGUUGUAAAAUGUUGUUUACUUUAGGAGGUUGUUGGUAGGCCUAUGCAAUGCUAAAACAUCUUGGGGAGCCUAGUUUUAGGCUACUGAUUGCUAAUUUACAACAUUAGACUUUAUAUAAUGUUCUUAAUCAGUGCAUUCUUUCAUUAGCACAUAUUUAAGACUACCCAUUCUUUAAACUAUAACAAUGACGACUCCAAACAGUGGAUCAGUGUCUAGUGGCAGUGGAGAAAAUAUCAGUAGUGAAUCCUUUUCAUCAGAGUAUUUGAAUAGGUAUUCUCGACUAUCAAUAUACUUGAAGAACGCUAUAGAGAACAUAUCGUCUGGUGUUAGUGAAGAACACUAUGCAGACUGUCUUGGUGUGCUCAGAGCUAUAAGACAAUCUAGAUCAGUUCCCGGGAAAAUACAGAAGAAAAUGAAAGCAGAACUUAUGGACUCUUUACUGACACAAAUCCAAGAGACAGUCCAAGAAGAAAAAAUAAAAGAAAAUCUACAUCAACUUGAAAAGUUGGUUGAUCAAUCAAUGCUUGAAGAAGGACAAAAAUCAUGGAGACCAAAUGGCAAUGUGAAAGAUCACAUACGUUCUCAUAUGAUGGAAGUGAAACAGAAGCAUAAGGACAAGUUGGAGAGACAAGUAAGAGAAAAGGAACAAGAGAGUGAAUGUGUUUUGAGAGAAGUAAUUAGGCUCAGGUCGCAGGUUCGAUCCUUGGAAUCUAGACUUCUCGCGGUCAAAAGUCAGUGUAGUGACGAUUCUGUUGAAGACAAAAUAGACACUAUUAUGGAGAAAGCAGAAGAUAUAGAAUAGGUUGUGAGAAAACGAUCAAAUAUCGCUACAUAUAAUUUUAACAUACAACUGCAAAUUGUAACGUGAUGUAAAUAGCUAUUUUUGAAGAAUAAUUAACUAACAAAGAAUAUUUUUAUUAAAAGAUUUU